AUGCGGUUAAUAUCGCUUCUCACCUGCUUCGUCGCCUUCCUGGCGCCGAUGGCCUCUGCUCUAAAGCUCCUCGAAUCUAAUGCGCUCAGCGUGUGCAUGGAAAGUAGUAACUUCACGGCAACCUAUUUCAAUGUUGUCUUCUACCCAGGCAACAACUCCCUUGUGAUCGGCUUUGAUGGUGUUUCAUAUAUCACGGGUAAGGUCGUCGCGGAGAUGACCCUGACCGCGUAUGGCUACGAGGCUUAUUCCAAAACCCUGAACCCCUGUGAGAUUGAAGGCAUGGGAAUGUGUCCCAUGGCUGCUGGUCCCAUGGAUUUGGGCCCUCUCUCGCUUGACUUGCCAGGUGACACAGCUAGCAGCAUUCCAGGCAUUGCAUACACCGUCCCCGAUCUUGAUGCGAAUGUCCGAAUCGUGAUCAAGACGGCCGACACUAAAGAAAAGAUCGCUUGUGUUGAGGCCUCGCUUUCCAAUGGUAAAACUGUCUACCAAGUCGGAGUCGCGUGGACAACUGCCAUUAUAUCGGGCUUGGGUCUAGCUGCAUCCGCAAUUACUUCGGGGCUCGGUCAUUCCAACACUGCAGCGCACGUUGCAGCGAACGCAUUGUCCCUCUUUGGUUUCAUGCAAUCGCAAGCAAUGAUUGGCAUGACCUCCGUGCACAUGCCCCCCAUUGUACAGUCUUGGACCCAGAACUUCCAAUGGAGUAUGGGUAUCAUCGACAUCGGAUUCAUUCAGACUAUCGCUACCUGGUAUCAGCGGGCGACCGGUGGAACUCCCUCGACGGUUUUCUCACAGCUUGGAGAUACUUCCGUGGAAGUCCUCAAGCGUCGUAAGCGUGACCUGAAUGAUUCUGCAAUGGGCAUAGUAAAGCGGUCCGCCGGUGCACUGAUAAAGCGUGCGACUGGGAUGGCCAGGAGAGCCGACUCAAGCCAGAAACUUCUUGUCAUCCGAGGAAUCGAGCGUGUUGGAUUCCGCGCUAACAUCGAGGAAACCAACAUUUUCAUGACUGGACUGAUCUUCUUUGCCGCCUUUGUCAUUAUUGUCGUUCUUAUUGUCGCCGCAUUCAAGGGAAUUACCGAGCUACUCGUCAAGCACGGCAAAAUGAAGCCGGAACGCUUCCAGGACUUCCGCAAUGGAUGGAGGGUUGUGCUUCGUGGUAUUCUCUUCCGACUGACUCUGAUUGGUUUCCCUCAAAUGACGGUACUUUGCUUGUGGGAGUUUACCCAGCGUGAUUCGGCGGCCGAGGUCGUCCUAGCAGUGGUCAUGAUUCUCUCUAUGCUGGUCUCCCUGGGAUGGGCCUCUCAGAAGGUAAUCCGACUCGCAAAGCGCUCUGUCACCAUGCACAAGAACCCGGCAUACAUUUUGUACUCCGACCCAUCUUGCCUCAACAAGUGGGGCUUCUUGUACGUGCAGUACCGUGCGACAGCCUAUUACUUCGUCGUCCCAUUCCUCAUCUACACUCUGAUAAAGGGUAUGUUCAUUGGUCUGAGCCAACCUGCGCCAGUCGUUCAGACUGUCGCCCUCUUGGUUCUCGAGCUCGCUAUGCUCGUUGGAGUCUGCGUUCUUCGCCCAUGGAUGGACAAGAAGACCAACGUCUUCAAUAUUUCUAUCGCGGUGAUUAACUUUCUCAACUCUAUCUUCCUCUUGGUUUUCUCCGAUGUGUUCAACCCCCCUGGAAUGAUGAUUGGUGUGAUGGGUGUGAUUUUCUUCGUUUACAACGCUGUCUUCGCUUUGAUUCUCUUGGUACUUGUCCUGAUCGCCUCGGUCUACGCCGUUGUAUCAAAGGACCCUGAUACACGAUACCAGCCAAUGCGUGACGACCGUGGCUCUUUCAUCAAGUCCCAGACCCAGCUUACCACUGAGCUGGAUGCCCUUGGUGCUACUGCGCGUGGCGACACCAAGCCUGGGGAGUAUCACAACAACCCAUUCGACGAUGAUACCGCCUCCAUCUCCAGCGGCAAUGGUGCCACCGUUGGCCACCAAAUGCAAACUACCCACCAACAGCACUCCGUCACCCAGGCCCCCAGGUCACCCGUUGACCCAUCAGUGCCACUGUUUCCCAGCAACGUCUCGGGCCACCACGCUCCCCCAGGAUAUGACCAAUACGGUCGCGCACCCUCACCUGCGCCACGGAGCUUUGAUAACACCUCUCCGGUUGGCCAAUCUGCUUUGUCGACAAAUUUCCGAGCUCAAAAUAAUGCCAGUCCAUGGCAGCGGGGCGCUGGCUAUGACCACUAA